AUGUUAUUGCAGAUACACGCACAGAUCCAGUCAUUCCUUGACGAGCCACAUGCCUCUGACUCACUACUCGGCUCCGUGCAACGACAGACAGCAAUUUCCUUAGAUGUUGUGUCCGCAGCUCUCCACAAGUACGAAAUUUCAGAGCUUGCUAUUUCUUACAACGGGGGAAAAGACUGCCUUGUACUUUUGGUGCUGUUUCUGGCCGAACUUGGUCGCCGCCAAAGUCAACAACGGAACGAAAGGGCAAUCAUGAGUCUUGGGUUGAAUGGAAUGCCGGAAGCAGUAUUCGGCACAGAAAUGAAGAGUAUUCCAGCUGUAUAUGUUCGCCCAGCCGAUCCAUUUCCAGCUGCUGAAGAUUUUGUUAUGAGGUCUGCUAAGACUUAUGGCCUUUCUCUUACGAAAUUCACUAUUGGUACUUCAAACAUGACACUGCGAGAUGUUUUCGAAGAUUACUUAGCGGACCAACCCGAUAUUCGGGCCAUAUUAGUGGGAACUCGCCGAUCUGAUCCCCAUGGUGAAAAUUUAUCGCAUUUCAACAAGACAGACAAAGGAUGGCCUGAUUUCGUUCGCAUUCAUCCUGUGAUCGACUGGAGUUACACCGAGAUCUGGGCGUUCAUCCGUCACCUCGGCCUAGAAUAUUGCAGUCUUUAUAAUGAGGGGUAUACAAGCCUAGGAGGGACAUCGGAUACACAACCUAACCCCAAGCUACUGAAUGAACAAUUUAGCUCGACCAAAGCUAAGAAUAGGAGUGAUAGCAUGUUGGAAUCGGAGGAAUACUGCCAGGAGAGAUACCAGCCUGCAUACGAGCUCGUGGAUGAGGGAAAUGAAAGACUGGGCCGCAAAUGA